AUGGCCAAGAAAGCGAAAUCUCGUACUAUCAUUGUCCGGCUGAUCUCCAUGGCCAUGACCGGCUAUUACCGCACAAUGAUCCGCCCUCGAACGCACCGGCCGUUGAGCAUGCUGAAGUACGACCCCGUGGUGAAGAAGAAGGUGUUGUUCCUGGAAGCGACAAAGGGUGGAAGAGCGAAAUGA